UAAAUUAGCCGGAAGUUGGCUCAAUGCAGAUGUAGGAAGGCUGUAAAGUAAAGUUUUAGCAAGUUAUUAUUUGUUUUGGUAUCUUUGAAUCCCUGUACGUUCGUGAUUUGUUAGCUGGAAAGCUAACAAUGUUGCGUAACUUAUACUCAGACAAUUACCAGGGAGAUAAUUAGGCUAUCAAGUACUUUGAUACCCCCAGUGAUAGGCUACAUUGCUAAGACGCUAGCUAGCUAGCUAGCUAGAUAGAGUACUCGCACUCAAUUCUCAGCUACUCAACAUCAACUGCGACUAUUCAAAAGUGUCACCGAAUUCUCCUGCUGGAAAAUCAAACACCAAGACAUUCUGUAACCACUCAGAAUGGCCACAGAAGAGCUUUAUGAGGUUGAGAGGAUAGUGGAUAAGCGGAAGAGUAAGAAGGGAAAGAUGGAGUACCUGGUGCGCUGGAGGGGCUAUGGUUACGAGGGAGAUACCUGGGAGCCUGAAACACACUUCUCCAAUUGCAUGACGUUCAUCCACGAGUAUAACCGUCAACAGAGUGAAAGACAAAGAGACGACUCCAUACUACGUUCCACACGCAGUCCUGCCAGCCACAGUACCGGCGCCAACAACAAUGCCCGCAAGCAGAUUUGCAGGCCACAACCACACAGUUUCAGUACUGGCAACAGGGCCAAUGCAAGCAGUGCCAAAGUAAAACAAGAGAAUGUUUAUUGUCCCACCUCAGUAGCAACCAAACAGCAGUUGCCACUGCAGGACAGGUGUGACACUGACGUUCAAAUAGAUACUCAGAAGCUAACCUCAAGCCAGAAGUCCAGCAGUGCAGUAUCCAGCACAGGUUAUACCCCAACUUCUCUGAUGGGCACAGCAAGGCGAAGUGUGGACUUGGCCAAGUCUGGGAUCAAAAUAUUGGUGCCCAGAAGCCCUAUGAACAACCAUGUGGACUCUGAGCAGUCACCAAGUGAGGCAGCUCACAGUUUGGAGCAGGGAGGCCAGGAGCCUGACUCUGUGCCUCCCGAGGUAGCCUUGCUAGUGAAGCCUGCAGGGGUGUUGCUCGGGCCAGGGGAAGAGCGAGCCCGCAUGGGGACGAGGCCCAGGGUUCCAACUCAACCUCCAUUGCCCCCCUCACAAGUCCCUGUAACACCCGCAGCCAUAUGCUCUCUCAAUGGACGAGGACCAUCAACACUAAUGAAUACUCUGACAGCAAAUAGGAUGGCAAGCCUGCAGAGCGCAGUGGCAGGAGUUACCAGUGUCUCUCACGUGACAGGAAAACGGCGUUUUGAAGAACGCUCUGCCUUUGACAAACGGCUUAGAUUUAGUGUUCGACAAACAGAAAGUGCCUACAGGUACAGGGACAUUGUUGUCAAGAAGCAGGACGGGUUUACACACAUUCUGCUUUCCACCAAGUCCUCUGAAAAUAACUCCCUCAAUCCUGAUGUGAUGAAAGAGAUGCAGAGUGCCAUGGCAACAGCGGCGGCUGACGACAGUAAGCUGGUCCUGCUGAGUGCAGUGGGCAGUGUCUUCUGCUACGGUCUAGACUUCAUCUACUUCAUCCGACGACUCACGGAGGACAGGAAAAAAGAAAGCAUUAAGAUGGCUGAAACCAUUAGAACAUUUGUUAACACGUUCAUCCAGUUCAAGAAGCCCAUCAUCGUAGCUGUGAAUGGACCUGCAGUGGGACUCGGGGCUGCGAUCCUCCCCUUGUGUGAUGUGGUCUGGGCCAAUGAAAAAGCCUGGUUCCAGACUCCCUACACAACGUAUGGACAGACCCCAGAUGCUUGUGCUUCCCUGACCUUCCCUCGCAUCAUGGGCGUAGCCUCGGCUAAUGAGAUGCUGCUGAGUGGGCGGAAGCUGACCGCCCAGGAGGCCUGUGCCAAAGGCCUUGUGUCCCAGGUUCUGUGGCCAGGAACUUUCACUCAGGAGGUGAUGGUUCGCAUUAGGGAGCUAGUCUCUUGUAAUUCAGUUGUCUUGCGAGAGUCCAAAGCAUUGAUGAGAAACACAAACCGAGGUGCUCUGGAGCAAGCCAAUGAACGUGAGUGCGAGGCACUGAAGAGAGUAUGGGGCUCGUUGCAAGGAACAGACUCCAUCCUCAAGUACCUGCAGAAGAAAACAGAUGAAUUUUAACACACAAACUUCCCCCAUAGCUCCUGCAAGGCAUGACUGUCAAGUGAAGUAGCUCCUGUGUACAGUCAUGGAAGAAAACAACGCUUCUACAUACAGAACAGGACUGUAGCAUAAGUCUGCAGAAACACAGAUCUUUGCUUCUAAGCAUUGUUUUUACUAUUUUACUAAUCACCAUGGCCUUUAGAAGAAAAUUCUGCUUGGAACAGUAUCAGCUAACAGGCAUACAUUAAACGGAUUGGCAAACAAGAUUUUGGUUUGAACAUGAAUCAGCCUUAUGACAUCAAUAGAGCACAAUAAAAAUGACUGAAACGGCAGUGUGUUGAUGGACCAUGCAAAGAGUCAUUGGAGAUGACUUGAAACUGUGCCCAAAUACUAAUGAACUUGAUUGGUGAGGAUUUUCAAAAAUAUUUUGGGGACUGACUACCAUUCAAAAGUGAAAUUAUAAGUUCAACCAUAAGUAAGUGUUAGUAACUAACGGCUGUUGUUUAUUUUAGUUUGUCUUGACUGUAAUUAUUUUCCUUUAGGCUGAGAUGGCUGUGACAGUGGUGGGGUUUUGGGUACAAGAAGUUGUUUAUUUUUAUUUUGUAUUAAUAGUAAUUUAAAUAUGACUUAAACUAACUCCUGUAUUGUUGCCUCUCAAGUUCAAGUACAUUUACAGGUAUGUGUUUGGGAUAUCUGUACCCUCUUAUAUUGUCAAUCAGGAGUCUCACUAUUUAUCAAUUAUAUGGUUAUUACACAUAUUGUGCUAUGAUCAGACCUACUGUCACUUAUUUGUUGGUAUGAAGAUACAUUGGUUUUUAGAAUGGAAACAAGUAGGCCCUUAUAAUGGUCCCUACCACAAACUAUUUUCAUGAAUUAAAUCAAUUUUGUUGAA